AUAAGUAAGCAGCAGCUCCAGACAAUCAAAGAUCGUUUCCAGGCCUUUCUCAAUGGAGAAACACAGAUUGUGGCAGAUGAAGCGUUUAUAAAUGCUGUCCAGAGCUACUACGAGGUGUUUCUGAAAAGCGACCGCGUUGCCAGGAUGGUGCAGAGCGGAGGGUGCUCAGCGAAUGACUCCCGGGAGGUCUUCAAGAAGCACAUUGAGAAGAGAGUGCGCAGCCUGCCAGAAAUUGAUGGCCUCAGCAAGGAGACGGUCCUGAGCUCUUGGAUGGCAAAGUUUGAUGCUAUUUACCGUGGGGAAGAGGAUCCCCGCAAGCAGCAAGCCAGGAUGACGGCGAGCGCUGCCUCGGAGCUCAUCCUCAGCAAGGAGCAGCUCUACGAGAUGUUCCAGAACAUUUUGGGGAUCAAGAAAUUUGAGCAUCAACUUCUGUACAAUGCUUGUCAG